UUCUGGAUUGCUGGAGCUCAAACAGUGAAAAUGGAUUCAAUCUCUGAAGCUGAUUUUUCUUGUCCCGUGUGUUAUGAAAUCUUCAAGGAUCCUGAAGUUUUAUCAUGUGGCCACAGUUUCUGUAAAGACUGUCUUCAACAUUUCUGGAGAAUCGAGGAAACUCGGGAGUGUCCUCUCUGCAAAAAACUGGCAAGUCAUGAUCCUAUAUGUAAUCUUGUGUUAAAAGACUUGUGUGAUCUGCUCCUGAAGGAGAGGAAUGAGAGGAGUUCAUCAGGAUCUGAGGAGAUCUGCAGUUUACACGGAGAGAAACUCAAACUCUUCUGUCUGGAGGACAAACAUCCUGUGUGUUUAGUGUGCAGGGAUUCACCGACACACAACAAUCACACAUUUAGACCCAUCAGUGAGAUUGUUUCAUCAUACAAGGAGAAGCUCUAUACAGCACUGAAGUUCUUUCAAGAGAGACCUAAACACAAUGCAAAAAUUAAAGGAGAGUUUGAGAAAACAAUUCAAUACAUAAAGUCUCAAGCUGAGCACACAGAGCAUCAGAUUAAACAGCAGUUUGAGAAGCUUCAUCAGUUUCUCAGAGAUGAAGAAGAAGCUACAAUCACUGCACUGAGGGAGGAAGAGAAACAGAAGAAGCAGAUGAUGAAGGAGAAGCUGGAGGAGAUCAACAGACACAUCUCAGCUCUUUCACAGACAGUCAAAAAGACAGAGGAGAUGAUGGAAGCCAAUGAUGUCUGCUUUCUAAAGGAGUUUCCAGUCUCAAUGGAAAGAGUCCAGAUGUCAUCAGAGCCGGAUCCACAGACUCCUUCUGGAGCCUUGAUUCAUGUGCCACGUUACUUGGGAAACCUGCCCUUCAGAGUCUGGAAGAAGAUGCAGGACAUCAUCCAAAACACGCCUGUGAUUCUGGAUCCAAACACUGCAAAUCAGUGGCUCGUCAUGUCUGAUGAUCUGACCAAUAUGAGAAACUGCAAGAACAAACAAUUGCUUCCUAAUAAUCCAGAGAGAUUUGACCAUUAUCCAUGUGUUCUGGGCUCAGAGGGUUUUAAUUCAGGAACACACUGCUGGGAUGUGGAGGUUAAAGCAUGUUUCAAGUGGAGUCUUGGUGUAACAACAGCAUCAAACCAAAGGAAGGGAUGUGAUUUCUAUACCACCGAAGUCUGGGGUGUGCAGUACGGACUAACUACACUGUUUGGUUUUCCUGUUGAACAGGAUCUUGAGCGUGUUAGAGUGGAUCUGGACUAUGAGAGAGGAACAGUGUCAUUCUCUGAUCCUGUAACUAACACACAUCUACACACAUUCACAACCACCUUCACUGACACUCUCUUGCCAUUCUUCUGUAUAUAUAAU